AUGGACAGUUACAUAAAUAAGACAUAUGAUGAUUAUUUGACAACAUUUGACUACAGUGAUGUACCUCAACCAGCUGAAUAUUCUGCUUCCCACGAAUUCCAUUUUCAUGCGGUGCCAACACUUUAUUAUCUGGUGUUCAUAUUUGGCCUUCUGGGCAAUGCACUGGUUGUGUUGAUCCUUGUCCUAUUUAAAAAACUCAGAAGCAUGACUGAUAUCUAUUUGCUCAAUUUAGCCAUUUCGGACUUGCUUUUCAUAAUAUCACUGCCAUUUUGGGCUUAUGCUGCUGCAAAUGAGUGGGUAUUUGGAAAUGCAAUGUGCAAGGUUUUCUCAGCUGUUUAUGAUAUUGGCUUCUACAGUGGAAGCUUUUUUAUAAUCCUUUUGACUAUUGACAGAUACUUGGCAAUUGUUCAUGCAGUGUUUGCACUGAAAGCUAGAACGGCUGUUUAUGGCAUCUUCUCCAGUGGCAUUACGUGGGUGGUGGCCAUAUUAGCCUCGGUGCCAGGGUUAAUGCUUUCCACAGUCCAGCAGAGAAAGGAGGGCCAGAAAUGUGCACCUCUUUGGCAAAAGAUAAAUACAUUGAUACAAUUGUCAGCUAUCAUGAGGGUCACCUUGGGCCUAGUCAUUCCAGGGCUUAUUAUGGUAUUCUGCUAUGUUCAGAUUCUCAUGAUUUUGAUGAAGAGUAGGAAUGAUAAAAAGCUGAAGGCUGUCAGGCUAAUUUUUGUGAUCAUGGUGGUUUAUUUCAUCUUCUGGGUGCCAUACAAUGUCGUUUUGCUGCAGAUCACCUAUCAGAAUUCAUCUUCCUCAUGUGACUCAGAUUGUAACUCCAGUUUACCUUUAGCAAUUCAAGUGACUGAAACAAUAUCCAUGAUUCAUUGUUGCAUCAAUCCUGUGAUUUAUGCCUUUGUAGGAGAAAAAUUCAGGAGAUAUCUCUCUGUCUUGUUCCGAAAGUAUACAGUAGCUUCCCGCUGUAGACUCUGCCUAGGGGUUGGUCUUCCUAGUUUAGAACGAUCUCUUUCCUCCGUAAGUACUUCAGAGCAUGACAUUUCUACCGGUUUGUGA